CGUCCCGCUGAGCAAAUUCGAGGCGGGACGGAAGAGAAUCGUGGACAAAUGUGAAGUGCGUAAUUCCGCGGCAAUGCUGGUAUUGGAAUUCGAUUGAUGUUUGUCACCCACUUUCUCGUGAAUAGACAUUCGAUCUUAUAACAGAGAUUCGCUUAUCUUAGAUGUCAUCCCUUAAAAGAGUGACUUUUAUCCAGCGAUUAUAGAUUUGUGUGUUUAUAUGUUGAAGGCUGUGAAAAUAUCGCCAUUCCUGAUUCAAUACUCGCACCUGAAGCUAUACCCACGGUAAACUAUGCUAUUAAUGGUGUGCGUUUUAAGGAAAUUAACUUCUCACAAUGUAUAAUAUUUGAUCAGAAUAGUUCCGCCAAAGUAAUUGCAUUGGAGAAUAAUAGCUAUGCUGAAUUUGCCUCGAGUGCUCUGUAACACGGCUCCUGAUUGGCGCUAAUACGUGUCACUGAUUAUACAAGAUGCCUGUAUUUCUCGUUGAACCAGCCAAUGAAAAACAGCGUAUAGAUUCCACUGAAAAUCUCAUCUCAGAAACGAACGAUGAAUCCUCCGACGCUAACGUCACAACAUCAAUGCAACAAAUCUAUGACACAGGCUACGACAGCACGCAACUGGGGAGCGAGCCAGGUGUUAACGAAAGCCAGCUAGCUUCAGAGAGAAUGCAGGAUUGGAGCCGUGAGGAUGAGCCAGAUAUGGGUUCCAUCUCCGCGGCGGCGACCACUGAGCAUACUGGCUGUAGUGGGAACGGAACGGGUGGACGUAUCAAUAACGGUUACAGCUGCCCCGAUAUCGAACUGCAAAAUUACAACACUAAUAGCUUAGAUUCAAAACAGGAUUAUUCUGUAGUAGAUAAAGCUAUGUCUGAACUCCAGAUGCCUCGCUAUCAACAGCUGAACCUAUUAUCCAGCAGUUCUAGUCGGCGCACGCAUGGUUUGGCUGGUUCACAUUCCCUCCUGAACCUCGAUAGAACGCCAACAGAGAACGCGCAGGAUGAGCCCUCGACUCCCAAGCCGACGGACUACUUAAUUAAAGGCGAGUCGAGGGACACCCGACCGAAAAACAGAGAAUCGGCUAUAUCGGACAUUGGAGCAGAUUAUAUGCGUGUCAAUGGAGCGAUUCGGCAGUUCAAACAACUGCAAAAGCCCGUCUCCACUCAGUCGCUCCCUUCUGCCACUAAAAUGAGUUACAAUGCAGAGGAGGCAGGAGCGCUGGUAGGCGGCAGUUCUGAAUACCCGAGGCCAGAAAAGGCGAACAAUAAUGUCAAAGCAGAAAAAGACAGAACUAACCACGUGGGAUAUAGGUUAGGGGCCAGGAAGACUUUAUUUGAAAAACGCAGGAAAAUAUCUGACUAUUCCCUAGCUUUAGGGAUGUUCGGUAUCGUAAUGAUGAUAAUGGAGACUGAGCUCUCAUUUCCGUGGGCAGGUAUAUACAACAAGAGCAGCCCAUAUUCUUUGGUUAUGAAAUCGGUUAUCAGUGCGUCAACAAUAGCCUUGCUGUCACUGAUCAUAGCUUAUCACGCAGUCGAGGUGCAGAUAUUCGCCAUUGACAAUUGCGUAGAGGACUGGAGAAUAGCGAUGUCACUCCAGAGAAUAGGUCAGAUAAUAGUGGAGCUUGUAGUGUGCUCCAUUCAUCCAAUCCCAGGGACGUACGAUUUCAUAUGGACAACGGUGCACCAUGAUGGGGUGACGGUCACCUCCGAAAAGGUGCCCAUCGACAUACUGUUAUCUCUCCCGAUGUUUAUAAGACUGUAUCUCAUAUGUCGUGUAAUGUUACUUCACAGUAAACUCUUCACGGAUGCAUCGUCUCGAAGUAUUGGUGCCCUGAACAGGAUCAGUUUUAACACGCGGUUUGUCCUGAAGGCGCUGAUGACAAUAUGCCCCGGUGCCGUCUUACUGGUGUUCACUCUCUCCCUGUGGAUUAUUGCCAGUUGGACUUUGAGAGGAUGCGAGAGUUACCAUGACGACCAACAUAAGAACCUCUUGAACUCUAUGUGGAUGAUUGCAAUCACAUUUCUCUCCAUUGGGUAUGGUGAUCUCGUACCUAACACGUACUGUGGACGGGCCAUCGCAGUAUUUACAGGGAUUAUGGGGUCAGGGUGCACUGCUCUCGUAGUAGCGGUCAUAGCCAGGAAGCUUGAGCUCACGAGAGCAGAGAAACACGUCCACAACUUCAUGAUGGACUCUCAGCUCACAAAGAGGAUGAAAAAUUCGGCAGCAAACGUUCUUAGAGAAACGUGGUUAAUCUAUAAAUAUACAAAGUUAGUGAAAAGGGUAAACACCAGUAAAGUACGGACACACCAACGAAAAUUCCUUCAGGCAAUUCACAGUUUGCGAAAAGUGAAAGUAUAUCAAAGAAAGCUCACCGACCAAGCCAACACCCUAGUAGACUUAGCAAAGCGUAUGUUUCAGAAUGGUUUGGAGGCUUGUCCCAGCGUGUAUAUCUCCGUGCCGCAUAUCGUCUAUCAACAGACGCAGACCAACAUGUUUGAAAUGGUUACCGAUAUGCAUCUUAAGCAGGCGACUGUCGAAUCUAGAGUGGACGAAAUUGAAGAAAAGUUAACCUCUCUUCAGUUACAGUUGGAGGCUCUGCCAGGUGCGGUAGCGGAACACAUCGCAGCAAUUCAGGAACAGAAACAGCAAGCACAAUCUCCUCUCUCAUCUACCGCAUCCAAGCCACAUCCAAAUCGACCGCGUGCUGCCAGUUUGAAUAGCCAGCGGCCAAUGUCCCCCUUACCGCCAUUAAACGCCGUCGGUCAUCGGCGGCCAUCGCGAACUUCAAAAUCAGACAACAUUUCUUCAAAUGCAUGACAUGUUUGCGGUUACAUUCCUGGGGACAGGCUCCGGUCGCCCAUAUACCCGGGCGCUGCGAUUAAAGCUAUGCGUCUGAAAUGAUUGAAAUGUGUGACGUGUUGAAAUGCAGGCACGAGUGAGGGUUAUAUUACUCCCCAAAGCACCGAGCUCAGUAACCUCCUUCAUAAAAAAAGGAGAGCAGAUUUCUGGAAUUAUCUUCAUUGCAGCACAUCGCCGGAAUAGGCCUGUGAGAGAAGGCUUAAGAUGCGACAUAGGGGACCCCCCAGUCUCGCAAAUGUGAUCUGCUAUACUGUGAUACAAAGAACGCAGCAGCAGCCGCAGCAGCUUAUGGUCACAAAAUAGCCCUUUUUACAAGGACAAAAAAUUAUUCAUAUGCUUAACGAACAGAGGCAUUGCGGACAUGAAAAGUACACGAAAUAAUUAUGCCCAUUCAAAAAACACAAAAUUUCGUUUUUGUACCAUAAUAAGCGUAAAGAGUCAACACCUCCAUGUCUUGUCUUAAAACACGUCGGAUAUCAUUAGACCUUUAAGAAGCACACUGUGAUGAGAUUGACUCGUAAUUUUCACGUCUUAAUAUAUAGAUAUCUACACAUUAUAUGUAUAUUCACAAACGUGUCCGAAAGUCAUUUAGGAAUGUUUCCAGAGACUCGUGGAACUUCUUUGUACGCGCAGCUUACUUGUUUAUAAAGAGCGCUUAGCACUUGGAUGGACGCAAAUUGCGUUCAUGAAAUAUAUAUAUUGUAAGUGCCAAGAAUGUCUGUGUGCGUUAAUAAGAUAUAUAAAUAACAUGCCCACACCCAAAUGCAUGAAGAGACUGCCAUUAAUGCAGCAACAUUUAGCUUGAAGUCACGAUUAUCUUUGUUGAGAAAUUCUCCUCGUUUUUGUCCUUCCUUAGAACAUUCCAAGACAACCCAUCUCAAGAGCUGUGCUAACAAUAUUGGUUGGUAUUUCUCUCUUUUUUUCUAAAGGACUUACAUUAUUGUCAUUUUCUUUGGUUGCAAGAGGUUAGAUAUGGGUCUACUGUACCUAUAUAUAGGUCUGUAAUGAUUUUGAUAUUCUGUUCCAGUCACUGUUUAUGUAUUUUCACUAGUCCACUCGAUGAAUAUAAACUUUUUAUUGGUAUUCUACUGACCAAAUUUUGUUAUAGUGUUUAUUAUUUUGCUUGGUGAUACUGCAGUCAUUUUACUUCUGUUGUAAGUUUUAAAAUUAUUCACGGAAUGCUCGAUUUUAUUUGAUAUUUCCGCUACAUUUUCUGUUUAACACAUGUAUUUGUGCUUUUUU